UAGCAUCGUAACCGACACGCCAUAGAGCAGUGCGGGAAGAGAGGAGGACUGUGGGGGGUGUUCAUUCACGGGAUUCUCGAAAUUUCAUCUCCCGUUCCCCCGUCUAGGAGCGCACAUACCGAGAAAAAACGGCGUUGUUUGGGAAGCAGUUGAGUCAAAAAGAGUGGAAGUAACCCGGCUGGGUUUUUUUUCUCUGAGGUUUUAUCGGUGGUGUUAUCUGUGAGCGGCAGGCAUCCGGACGCACGCUGAUGGCGGUCACUAUCGAGGAUCUCUACCGGAGCUACGGGAUCCUUGCUGAUGCAAAGGACAACCUCAGCCAGCACAAAGAUGCAUACCAAGUGAUCUUGGAUGGCGUGAAGGGUGGACCGAAAGAGAAGCGCCUGGCAGCACAGUUUAUUCCCAAGUUUUUCAGCAACUUCCCCGAGCUGUCUGAUGCAGCCAUUAAUGCUCAGCUUGAUCUCUGCGAAGAUGAAGAUGUGUCUAUUCGGCGGCAGGCGAUCAAAGAGCUGCCACGGUUUGCAACCGGAGACAACAUCCUCAGAGUUGCCGAUAUUCUCACCCAGCUCCUGCAGACGGAUGAUACAGCAGAAUUUAACCAAGUGAAUGCAGCACUUAUUUCUAUCUUCAAGAUUGACGCAAAAGGUACUCUCGGGGGUCUCUUCUCUCAGAUCCUGCAGGGCGAGGACAUCGUACGGGAACGGGCCAUCAAGUUUCUGUCCGCUAAACUGAAGACUCUACCAGAGGACGUUUUGACAAAAGAGGUGGAGGAGUACGUGUUUGCAGAGACAAAGAAGGUGCUGGAGGAUGUGACAGGAGAGGAGUUUGUGUUGUUGAUGCGUGUCGUGUCAGGCCUGCGAGUCCUGCAGACGGUUAACGGACGGCAGCAGUUGGUAGAGCUGGUGGUGGAGCAGGCUUUCCUGGAGCAGGCUCUGAAUCCAGGUGAUCCAGACACCGUCGAUCGCCUGCUGCAGUGCACGCGCCAAGCCUUACCCCUGUUUUCAAAAAAUGUUCAUUCCACACGUUUUGUAACCUACUUCUGCGAACACGUCCUGCCAAACCUCAGCGCCCUGACGAGUCCUGUAGCUGAGCUGGACAUACAGUUGGAGGUGCUGAAGCUGCUGGCUGAGAUGAGUCCAUUCUGUGGAGACAUGGAGAAGCUGGAGGCCAACCUCAACAUGCUGUUUACCAAGCUGCUGGAGUACAUGCCUCUGCCACCAGAAGAGGUGGAGAACGGGGAGAACCCAGCAAACGAAGAGCCCAAACUUCAGUUCAGUUACGUCGAGUGUCUCCUCUUCGCCUUCCACCAGCUGGGAAAGAAGCUGCCGGACUUUCUCAUCGAUAAAGUCGACGCUGAACGCCUAAAAGACUUCAAGAUCAGGUUACAGUAUUUUGCCAGAGGCCUGCAGGUUUACAUCAGACAGCUGCGAGUAGCACUGCAAGGCAAGACGGGAGAUGCUCUGAAGACAGAAGAGAACAAGAUCAAAGUUGUGGCUCUAAAGAUCACAAAUAACAUCAAUGUCCUCAUUAAGGAUCUCUUCCACAACCCUCCAUCCUUCAAGAGCACAGUCACCCUGUCCUGGAAGCCGGUCCAGAAGUCAGAGGCAGUAGCACCCAAGCGUCCCUCAGGUGAGGAGAUGGGCUCCGGUGGAAGCACAAAAAAACAGAUCUCUCCUCAGCACCGGAGGGACGCACGGCAAAUCUAUAACCCCCCCAGCGGCAAGUACAGCGCCUCCAUCGGCAAUUUUAACUACGAGCGCGGCGGCUUCAGGGGUGGCCGAGGACGAGGUUUUGGAUCCAGAGGCAACAGGAGCCGAGGCCGGAUCUACUGAUCCCUACCACACAGUACAUAUUGCUCAUUGAACUGCAUCACAUUGAGAUCUUUUCCUCACCAAGAUGGACUAUUUGUCACCUCCUCUUCUGUUUUUUAACUGGUCUCCACAUCUUUCCACUGUUCAACCCACAAAUCAAGAUUAUCAUUUCCUGGAGGGGCGGUGUGGGUUUGGUUUCUGGUCUUCAGACUUCAGUCCAAGACUAUUUAACUUUAACUCCUCGUGUUCCUCCUGGCCAGCUCAAAAGAAACUAAAUGUUUUUCUCCCCCCCCAUUGAUUUUUUAAAAUUUUAUUGUGUAUUUUUGUGGAACAAAAGACUGCCAACGUGUAACUGAUGAAUAUUUUUGUCAGAUUGUUGUAGGAAAAGAUAAAGACCCUCUCAUUUUGCAACAUGUUGAAUGCAUUUCUUUCUACCUUUUUAUUUAAUCUUGUUUUGUUUUUUAUUAGAGCUUAAGUUGAAUUGGAUGACUAUGCUACUUUGUAUGAAUCAAUGAUGUUGUUUCAUUGGAUUUUUAUCAUAAACUUGUAUGGAAGUAUGAA